AUAGCCCUGCCCGUAUUGAUGAGACCCACUGCGGGUGACUCGGAUAGACACUGGACAGUGUAAUCUUCUUUCCAGAGAAGAAUUAAGCCUCACCUUCUCUCUCUAUCCCGCCAUGGGCAGCUCACUGCAGGGCCGCCGUGCCCUGGUUGUCUACGGCUCCGAAACAGGCAAUGCGCAGGACAUCGCUGAAGAACUCGGCCGCAUCGCAGAGCGCCUGCGUUUCGACACCGACGUCGCUGAACUCAAUGCCAUCUCCCUUAGGCAAUUGUUGCAGUACUCGGUCGUGCUCAUCUCCAUUUCCACCACGGGCCAAGGGGAACUGCCUCAAAACAGCCAGAUCUUUUGGAGAGCCCUCCGUAGUACCCGCCUAAGGCCCGGCUGCUUGCACCAAGUGCAUUUUGCCUCGUUUGGAUUGGGCGAUUCUUCCUACCCAAAGUUCAACUGGGCGCACCGCAAGCUGUACAAUCGCCUUGUACAACUGGGAGCACAGCCCGUUUGUGAUCGUGCUGAGGCCGAUGAGCAGCAUCCCGAUGGAGUCGACGGGGCAUUCGCAUCGUGGUCUCCCAAACUUCGCCAACGUCUGCUCGAAGAGUAUCCUCUCCCACAUGGCAUCCACCCUAUCCCCGAUCACGUACUCCUUGACCCGAAAUGGCUUCUCGAGGUAGCAGAACAAGAAAGCGUCCAAUCUGAGCAGCAAGAUGUGCAAAUAUCUGUCACUUCAGACCAUGCAGCUGACUUACCGCCGGCCAACCUUCUCCACAUUCACAACGGUCUAACAGCAACAGUCGUCUCCAACAACCGACUAACGCCCAACACACACUGGCAAGAUGUCCGCCACCUCCAAUUUGACCUCCCAGGCCACCAUCCGUACGUUCCUGGAGACGUUCUAACCAUCUACCCCAAGAACUUCCCCUCAGACGUCAACCACUUUCUCGAAAUCAUGAAAUGGACCUCCAUAGCCGAUGUCCCUCUCAAAUUCACCCCCACCUCUACCAACACCUCAAACACCCAUCCCCCUCUCCCUCAUGUCUCCCUGAACGACAUCAACAUCACCCUCCGCACCCUCCUCACAGACCACCUGGACAUCAUGUCCAUCCCCCGCCGCUCCUUCUUCGCCCACCUCGCCCACUUCACCACCGACGAAUUCCAACGCGACCGCCUGCUCGAAUUCACGAAUCCAGAAUACAUUGACGAGUUAUACGACUACACCACGCGCCCUCGCCGAAGCAUCCUCGAAGUCCUGCAGGAAUUCGAGACGGUGAAGAUCCCCUGGCAGCGCGUCUGUUCCAUCAUCCCUGCGAUGCGCGGGAGACAAUUCAGCAUCGCGAGUGCGUAUCCCGGUUCCCCUAAUACAAGUGACGACCGCACGCGGAUAGAGUUGCUGGUCGCCAUUGUCAAGUAUCGCACCGUCAUCAAGCGGAUCCGACAAGGCGUAUGUACACGGUACAUAGCCUCUCUGCAACCGGGGCAGGAAAUCACCGUUACGCUUCACAAAGGCGGGCUGGGCGUAGCCAAGGCGGAGACAGAAAGACCCGUGGUGAUGAUCGGGCCUGGAACCGGUGUCGCACCCAUGCGAGCUCUCAUACACAAGCGAAAAUACUGGAGGCAGGAGCUUGGGAUUGAUGGGGCGGCUGCUUCGAAGGAUUUGCUGUUUUUCGGGUGUCGGAAUGCGGGCGCUGAUUUCUUCUUUAAGGGGGAGUGGGAGGCGUUGAGGGAGGAGGGCGUGCCGUUGGAUGUGUUUGCGGCAUUCUCGAGAGAUCAGCGAGAGAAAGUAUAUGUGCAGGAUCUUGUGCGGAAGCAGGGACAGAGGGUGUAUGAUGCGCUUGCUAACAAGGGCGGGUUUGUGUACAUCUGCGGUUCAUCCGGUAAGAUGCCGCAGGCAGUGCGGGAGGCGUUGAUAGAGGCGUUCCAGACGCAUGGGCAGUUGAGUCGAGAGGAUGCCGAGGCGUAUCUCGCUGCCAUGGAGAAGUCCGGGCGGUAUAGACAGGAGACGUGGUAGACAAGACCACUGCGCUUAAGCCAUAGAUGUACGGAACACAAGUCUUCCAAUCCAGCUCAUGUCUUCGACCUGUC